AUGCCAUGAUUAUUGUGCGCAUUCAUUCAACCCUCUUCCUCUAAAAAACUCCAAGCACAACACAGUCAAUUCUGUCUUCUUCCUCUUCUCUCUUUCUGGCUCUGCCACGACAAAGAGACACAGAGUGUGAGAGAGCAAAAACCAAGAACAUUCAAAGAUUAAAAAGAACUUAGAAGAUCCAAAAACAAUAUCCUUCAAAGCCUUAUUCCUUUUGGGUUUCAAAGAUUUCUUGUGUCUGUCCCCAUUAAAAAGAAAAUGAAGCUUCUUCAUGUGCUUGCGCUUCUUCUUCAUGGACCCAUUUGGGGUUUUCAAUUGCCUAAGGUUGUUGCCAGACCAGACCCUCCUGUUUCUUCACCAAUAGUCUCACCCAUUUCUCCAAACUUAGCAUCAAUGGCUAUCUUCUCUCCAGGGACCCAAGUGGGAAGUGAAGACCACCACCAAAUGGAUCCAAAUAAAAAACUGCUUAUAGCAGUCAUUGUUGCCUCCACUGCACUGGGUUCAAUCAUAUUGUCUUUGUUAUGUUUGUGGAUUUGUCAUAGAAAGAACUCACUCAAAUCCAACAAGAAAAAUGAAUACAGCUCAGAUUCCCUAAAAGGUCUUUCAUUAGCUCCCUUCAUGGGUAAAUACAAUUCCUUGAGGAUGAGUUGUAGAAAAGGAGCUGUAUCUUUAAUGGAUUACAAGUCACUAGAAACGGCAACGGUAAAUUUCCAAGAAAGUAAUAUUCUGGGUGUUGGCGGUUUUGGUUGUGUUUACAAGGCCCGGUUGGAUGACAAUAUUUUUGUCGCUGUAAAGAGACUAAAUUGUGGAAGUCAGGAUGCCAUAACAGAAUUCGAGACUGAAGUGGAUUUGUUGAGUAAAAUUCAGCAUCCAAAUAUAAUUUCUCUGUUAGGUUACAGCAUUGAUGGCGACGCAAGGCUUCUUGUUUAUGAAUUGAUGCCGAAUGGAUCCCUGGAAACUCAAUUACACGGACCGUCUCGGGGAUCUGCUCUAACUUGGCAUCUCCGGAUGAAAAUCGCUCUUGACAUAGCAAGAGGAUUAGAAUAUCUGCAUGAACACUGCAACCCACCAGUGAUCCAUAGAGAUCUGAAAUCAUCUAAUAUUCUUCUAGAUUCCGACUUCAAUGCCAAGCUUUCUGAUUUUGGUCUAGCGGUAACUGAUGGGACCCAAAACAAGAACAACAUCAAGCUUUCAGGCACCCUAGGCUAUGUAGCCCCUGAGUAUCUUUUAGACGGAAAAUUGACCGAUAAAAGUGAUGUCUAUGCUUAUGGAGUUGUACUUUUGGAGCUUCUGCUGGGAAGAAAGCCUGUAGAAAAAUUGGCACAAGCUCAAUGCCGGUCUAUUGUCACAUGGGCCAUGCCUCAGCUCACUGACAGAUCAAAACUUCCCAAAAUUGUCGACAAGACGAUCAGAAACACAAUGGAUCUAAAGCACCUAUACCAAGUUGCUGCUGUGGCUGUGCUGUGUGUACAACCGGAGCCAAGUUACCGUCCAUUGAUAACAGAUGUUUUGCAUUCUCUCAUCCCUCUAGUCCCUGUUGAGCUCGGAGGGACGCUACGAGUAACACAACCUGGAGCCCCUGUGGGCACGGUAUUGCCUUCCACUCCCUGAUAAUGCAUCAAGUUUUGAAAGUGAUUUUGCAGUGCUAGUGCUGCUUCUGCUGCACAUAUUUCUGGGAUUUGCACAAAGCGAAACACAAUUCAGUUCACGAGCAAUGUUCAUCACUCUGCUUUGAUGCGCCGUUUUGUGAAUUCCUUUGUUCAUUCUGGUGAAGGGAAGCUGAUCUUGCUGAGCAGAAGAUUACUGGAUUUACUCAAAAGAUUUGUAAAUUGAAGCAAUUGAGAUGUGAUUUCUUGGCAGUGUUGUGCAUAUGUGGCCUAUUAUUGUACCACUCAUAUCUUGGCUUUUUCUUUGGAGCCAAACAUUAAUGCUCUGUUUGGUUUGUAUGUUUUUUGCGGGAAACAAUGAAGAAAAUUCAAGGAAAAAAGUAGUCAUUUUUCCUUAUUUGGUUACCAUAGAAAAUAAUUGAGGAAAAUAAAAUAUGAUCAAAGUGUGUGAGUUUUUAAUUCUA